GGGCCUGUGCUGCCCUGACAGCAGCCAGGGUGGGUGUCAUUGGCCCCCUGCCUCUUACCUCCAAUCUUCUCCCCUUCCCUAGGGAGGGAGGGUCUGUUCCGGUGUUGCUACAUUGGAAAGCAGGGGCCUUGCUGACCAGCUUUGACUGAGCUGUUGCAAUUCAGCAGCCAGGGCUGCUGCGUGGGGGGCUGGGGCUGGAUCUGAGUUGAGCCCGGGGGGGGGGCAGUCCUAUGCCCAGGCUGCUGCCAUGGCCAGCUCUGAGUAACCUGAAGCCCAGGACAGCUAGAGUCCAUCACCAGACUCCUCUCCUUUUGUAUGUGCCCUCCUGCAUGCCUCCAGGCUCCAUGGCUCUCUUGUUGAUAGGCCAUGUUAGUAAGGCUGUGCCUCUAUGCCUCUGUAGAGGCCAGCUCUGGCCCUAGGUCUCCCAGUCUUGGUGCCCAGCAAUCCGGGCUGAAGGGGGUCCAGGUCAUCAGGAAUCCUUGUGUGGGAAGUGGAGCACAUGCUGGCUCUGCUCUGGAGCAGCCUCUGCUUCUCAGGAUCAAUGUUUGGUGGUCAGAAAGUGCCAAGUGUGAAAUGCAGCCAGGUCCUGUGGCCGGAAGGGCAGAGGCUAUUUUAGGUCAAGGUCACUGUGGCAAACCUGGACUUGAGGAAGUGCCAUGGGCUCAUAAUGUCCCUGCAGAGCAGAGCGAGUCCAAGCCCUCAGGCCUCAUGCUGUCCCCUGGAUCUAGGGAGUGGCAGCACUGGCUAAGAGCAGUGGCUGCUGCAACAUCCGAGUCUGGGUGCCCCCAUGACUAAUAAUCCCUUGGCAGGCUCUUGUUACCCAAACACAAGGACAUGCAGACUGCUCCCAAGGGAGCUGGCAGGGACGUGGCUGAUAGUGUUCAUGAUUCUUGGCUCGCGUGUGCUGGAAAAGCCCUGGGGGGCUGAGGGGAGAUGAGACAAGUGCACAAGGAGCCAUUAUGUAGGGUGCUUAUUGCUCUGCUGAUGCACCAUAUGGCUACGGCAGACGGUCCUAGCCUAGCACCCUGUCAUCACUCUGAGGGAUAAAGGAAAGCCCAGCUUCAGCUGCAGUUAGCGGGGGCUGAGUUUGAGACCGGGGCGGGUGACAUUGAGUUGUCUUUGUCUGCUUCUGAUCCCGACUUAAAGAGCUUGGGCUGGGAGCUUUAAUUUGCGUUCCUCAGCGUUGCUUCUUCAAAGCAGCUGUGGAGACAGACGGGGCAGCACCUAGGAGUGAGCCCAGCAGAACCAGAGGCUGCUGUGCUAGCUGUCAGCACCCGGAGGAGUGCAGGUGAGAGGCAGAUCUGACGUCUGCCCAUUCAUUCCUGUCCCCAGCUAAGGCCCCUGGAUGUGAAAGGAUUCCUGCCCUUCGCACCCUCCCCCAUGUUCCCUGUACAGCCUGAAAGACCAAGGUCACAGCACUGCCCAGAACCUGACAGCUCUAGGGAGGUGAAGUGCUAUCAGGCUGGUGUUCUUGUGGGGGAGAAUAUAAGGGCUACAGCCAUGCACACUCCCCGCAGCUCCUCUCCAGACCCUAGGGCUUGGAGAAUACUCCACAGCCUUGGGGCCAGUGCAAGUGCCGCCACGUACUGAAUUCACAGGUCUGUCCCUGGCCAGGCAGGUGGUUCUUGUGUGCCCUAUGUGACUGGUUCUCAGAAAAAUGAGCAAUUAUCUUGGCACAGGGCAUUCACUGAACUCGCUGUUGUGUGGCUGACAACCAAGUAUGAGGUGUUUGAGAACCGGGAGGUGCAAAGCCAUCCGAAUUCUGUCUUGCUGCAGAUUCCUUGCUGACUAGCUUGGCUAGCCUCUGCUUACAGCCUCCACCCAGUUUUCCGUUCAUGGAGUCUGCGGUGAAAUCGGCUUUCGGGGUCCCAGUGAAACAGCUUUUCUCCUGCAUCUCUGCUGACCGCAAGGACAAGGAUUUCCAGACCCGGGGAGGCUUCACAAAGGGCCCAGGAGAACACCGCAACCCGAAGGCCCAGGAGGAGAAAAGCGAGCGGGACGCCUUCUACGCUCAGAAGAAAGCCGAGCGUGCGGCCAUGAGGACCCAGCUCCGGGAGAAAUACCAGCUGCCCGAGAACAAGGCAGACACGCGGCAGCUGCGGGCGGCUGGCGCCAAGAUGCCAGCGGGCCAGGCCCUCGUAGCAGCAGUGCGGCCCUUCGCCGGGCUGGCGGCCCUGGCCCUCGGCUCGCCCCAACGGUCCGGGUCACGCGGGGAGGGGGUGGGAUGA